CCAGUCACCUUUCUCUCUUCGUGACCGUAGCAUAUGUUUUGCGACCGUCGAUGGCGCUCUCGCGGCUUUGAAAACGGCGCUAUCAUUAACGCUGCUCCAUCGGUCUCGUAAGCUUCGCUUACGUUGACUCCUCCCUCGAAAGGAGUUUUUCUUUUCUUUCCGACGGAAAAAGCGUUUCGAGUUUGUGUUUAUUUUCCUGCUCGAAUUUUAGAACCCGCAAGAGCGUCACGUACAAUCGAUUUGAUUUUCUUCUUGAUUUUCAAAUUAUCUUUUUCAUUUUGUUUCUUUUGUUUCUUUCCGUUUUUUGUUCUUCUUUACUUUCUAUCAAUUUUCUUUUUCUUUUUCUACAUUGUUUGGUAAUUCGUGCUCAAAGGAGAAAAUCUAUUUAAUACAAUCGGACGUCUGUAUCUCUUCGCGUGUGUAUGCGCUCGUGCGCCAUUACGAUAAAGAAGGGCGGCUUUUACACAUAGCCGUGAUAUUUAAAUUUUCUCUAUUCACCGUUCGCGUUGAGAAAAAUAUAAAAAAUUUUGAUUUACGAUAAAAAACAAGAUACGGGAAGAUGAUAUUCUUCAGUGGUCUUUUGCUGUUCCUGGCCGUAUUUUCGAGAGUGGGUUGUCAACGAAAUACACCAAGAAGUGCAAGAGCCAGUAGAAAUGAUGCAGCUUUGGAGUUUGAGUGUCCCGAAGAGUUCGGUUAUUAUCCUCAUCCGCGAGAUUGUACGCAGUACUACGUUUGUGUCUUUGGCGGUGCUUUACUCGAAUCUUGCACGGGAGGCUUGAUGUAUAGUCAUGAAUUGCAGACGUGCGAUUGGCCACGUAACGUUGGCUGCCCUGAAAGUGGUUCGGUCAACAAGGAAAUCAACGAGGAUCCGCUGUUGGAAAGGUCUACAAAAAUCGAGUCAUUGCAACAACAACAACAACAACAACAACAGCAGCAGCAGCAGCAGCAGCAACAACAGCAACCUUUGCAACGAACGAUCCAAAGGCAACCACUUUUAAUUACUUCAACAUCUUCCCCAGCACCUCAGACCACGGAACGACAAUAUCGUCAGCGACAACAAGCUAGAAAUUAUCCUGAGGACGAUUACGAACCUCCCAGUGAGAUCGAGAACGAUAGACAGCAACGAGUCUACAGAGGACAACCUUCGACGAUAGGACAAGUGCAACGUGACCGUGAUGGACUUCGUAGAAACAUCAUAUCUGAGAGAGAGAAGGAGAGCCUGGUGAACGCACGCGUUCAAGCAGAGUCCCAUUUCAGGACUCAGGUACCUUCAACGGAGUCAUCUAGAAUCGCUAAAACUUUGGCGUCCACGGUAGCACCGAUCAUAUCAAAAUCAUAUUACAAUGAUCCUGAUCAAAGUUAUCCUUAUUACACAAUUUAUGAAGAUGACGUAUCCAUGUAUAAGGAUGACGAUUACAAUCAAUACACGGUGAAUCAAACAGUUCCAUUGCAACAACCAAACGUGAAGAUAAGCGAAGUUAGUACAAAACAAUAUCCACAAAAAUCGAAAAAAGUUAGCGUUAACGAUGCGGAUAGAUAUAAUCUGAAUCAUGACGUUACGGCACAGGACUAUGAUAUCUAUGAGAAUCAGGCUCAAUUAAACAAAAAUAAAUUCAGAAUCUCCGAAGGACAGCCACCUUUAAGGACGAACGUAGUGAGCCAUCCGGUGGUCCACGUGACGACUCCGAACACUCUAGUUGACACGUUUGUCCCAUUGACGACUACCACUCAAACACCUACAACAAGCGCCAGGCCUUACACCGUUAGUGUUUCAAGCCGAGGCCGUCCGCAACAAAUCAACCGAGGCACUGCACCUCCUCGUUCACGACCCACGUUGAAACCAUCGACGGAGAUAGUUUCGAAGGCACAGGAAUUCAUCGAUAUCUAUAGAUAUCCACCGGUUAGACCAGCCCCGAUUUAUCCGACACCUCAGGUCGACAAGCCUGCAGCGAAAUGCCGAAGAGACGUUUGUCUACUUCCGGAUUGCAGCUGUGGUGGUGCCGACAUUCCAGGAGGAAUUCCAGCGGAGGAGACACCACAGAUCGUCCUUCUAACGUUCGACGAUGCCGUUAAUGAUCUUAAUAAACCGUUAUACGGUGAUUUAUUCGAAAACGGCCGUAAGAAUCCAAACAACUGCCCGAUCACGGCGACGUUCUAUGUCUCGCACGAGUGGACUGAUUAUAGUCAGGUGCAGAAUCUUUACGCCGACGGCCACGAAAUGGCAUCUCACACAGUCUCGCACAGUUUCGGAGAACAAUUUUCACAAAGAAAAUGGGCACGAGAAGUAGCUGGACAGCGUGAAAUCCUUUCAGCUUAUGGAGGUGUCAAGUUGGAAGAUGUCAGAGGAAUGAGAGCUCCAUUCUUGUCGGUCGGUGGAAACAACAUGUUUAAGAUGCUGUGGGAUACGAACUUCACCUACGAUUCGUCGAUGCCAAUUUAUGAGAACAGACCUCCUAGCUGGCCUUACACGUUGGACUACAAACUCUUCCACGACUGUAUGAUACCGCCUUGCCCCACCAGAUCUUAUCCUGGAUUGUGGGAAGUUCCUAUGGUAAUGUGGCAAGAUCUGAAUGGUGGUAGGUGUUCUAUGGGAGACGCUUGCAGUAAUCCGCCAACUGCCGAUGGAGUCUACAAGAUGCUUAUCAAGAACUUUGAGAGACAUUACACGACUAACAGAGCACCGUUCGGUCUCUUCUAUCACGCGGCAUGGUUCACUCAACCUCAUCACAAAGAAGGCUUCAUAUCUUUCCUUGACACGAUCGUUGCUAUGGAUGACGUUUGGGUUGUAACAAAUUGGCAAGCUAUUCAAUGGAUUAGAAAUCCAACGCCUCUAGCUCUGAUGCAUAAUUUUGAGCCAUUCAGUUGCAAUUUUGCGGAUCGACCGAAGAAAUGUAACAAUCCGAAGGUUUGCAAUCUCUGGCACAAAAGUGGUGUUAGGUACAUGAAGACCUGUCAAGCUUGUCCAGAUAUCUAUCCAUGGACGGGCAAAACUGGUAUUAGGAGCAGUCGCAUCGAUAACGAAAUCGAUACUCACGAAUGAAACGACAAACCGAUCAACGUGGCGAUCGAGACCCACCAAUGAGGACGAAAGAGCCAAAACGAGGAGAACGAUGCAUAGCUCAUACAGCAUUUGUGUUCUUUUAUCUCUCGUUCCUCUGAAGAAAUUCUGAAGUUCGAGUACGCCAAGCUGUUUUAUUUUUCUUUAAUUUUUCUAUUUUUUCAUUUCUUUUUCUUUUCUUUUUUUUUCAUUUUUCCUCUUUUACUCGUAUUAUUGGUCGAGAAAAACAAAACAAGCAACAUGGCUACAACUUUCGCGACUUUGGUGGGUCUGCGAAGUGUAAUCAAAAAAAAAAAUUGAGUCCUUUCUAGAAAAGAUUUCAAAAUAGGACUGUUCCAUAGAUCGAAAAACACGUACGUGUUCUUUUUUUUUUU